AUGGCGGUCUUUAUUGCGGGCGAUCUUCGUUUCUGUCAAAAUGGGCGGGGUAUGGUUGAUUGUGCGAAUGCCCGUGGGCGAGAGGUUACUCUGAGCGAUGUCGAUAGCAGCGGUGGUGACAUGACGAGCAACGCAGAGUACAUAAUACUGGUGGUUGGGAGUUACGGGGCUUACUUUCGAUUGACGAAGGAUGAGGUUGACCGUAGGUUUCCUUGUAUCAUUGUCUACACACCAGACCCCGUGCCCGAAGAGGAUACGAUCUCCUUUGUAAGGAAAAUGAAGGAGGAGUUGGAUCUCCCAGUGUUAGCCAUUGCCGAGAGUAGUCCACGGUUGGUGAAGAAUUUCUCUCUUUUCGUAGCAGGAGGAUGCGACAUAAAGUGGUUGGGACUCCGGCCUAGUGAUGUGGUGGCGUUAAAAAUGCAUCCACGGUGUAUGCGGCCAAUGAAUAGCAAGGAUUUUAAGCUAGCGCAACGUCUCUUGGAAAAAGAUGCAGUCGUGAAGCAACGUCCGGAAUGGGUUGAGGAGCUCAAGAAAAUGGUGGAGACCCGUAGCAAAGUAGAAGUUGAGGCGUUGGCCCCCUUAGGGAGGAGCUUCUUGUCCAAUGUUUAUUUUCCAGACAAGAUGGUAGCACAGGAUUGGAUAUGA